AUGGCUCUGUCCACUACGAUCAAGACCCCCAAUGUCUCUUAUGAGCAGCCUCUGGGCCUGUUCAUCAACAACGAGUUCGUCAAGGGUGUCGAGGGCAAGACCUUCGAGACCAUCAACCCCACCGACGAGAAGGUGAUCGUCGCCGUCCAUGAGGCCACCGAGAAGGAUGUCGACAUCGCUGUCAAGGCCGCCCGCGCAGCCUUCGAGGGUCUCGCCGAUCUGUUCGAGCGGGAUAUGGAGAUCCUCGCCUCCAUUGAGGCUCUCGACAACGGCAAGGCCGUCACCAUGGCCAAGGUCGACGUCGCCAACGCCGCCGGCUGCCUCCGUUACUACGGUGGCUGGGCCGACAAGAUCACCGGCCAGACCAUCGACACCAACACCGAGACCCUCAUUUACACCCGUCACGAGCCCGUCGGCGUCUGUGGCCAGAUCAUUCCCUGGAACUUCCCCAUUCUGAUGUGGGCCUGGAAGAUUGGCCCGGCCAUCGCUGCCGGUAACACCAUCGUCAUGAAGACCGCCGAGCAGACCCCGCUCUCGGCUCUUUAUGCCUCCAAACUCAUUGUCGAGGCCGGCUUCCCUGCCGGUGUCAUCAACGUCAUCUCCGGCUUCGGUCGUGUCGCCGGUGCCGCCAUCUCCAGCCACAUGGACAUCGAUAAGGUCGCCUUCACUGGUUCCACCCUGGUCGGCCGGACCAUCCUGCAGGCCGCAGCCAAGAGUAACCUGAAGAAGGUCACCCUCGAGUUGGGUGGCAAGUCCCCGAACAUUGUCUUCGACGACGCCGAUAUUGAUAACGCCAUCUCCUGGUCCAACUUCGGUAUCUUCUUCAACCACGGCCAGUGCUGCUGCGCCGGUUCCCGCCUGCUGGUCCAGGAGGGCAUCUACGACAAGUUCAUUGCCCGCUUCAAGGAGCGUGCGGCCAAGAACCAGCUGGGCAACCCCUUCGCUCAGGAUACCUUCCAGGGUCCCCAGGUCUCCCAGCUCCAGUUUGAUCGGAUCAUGGAGUACAUUGACCACGGUAAGAAGGAGGGCGCCACCGUCGCGCUGGGUGGUGAGCGCCACGGUACCGAGGGCUACUUCAUCCAGCCCACCAUCUUCACCGAUGUCACUCCCGACAUGAAGAUUGCCCAGGAGGAGAUCUUUGGUCCCGUCAUUGCCGUCACCAAGUUCAAGGAUGAGGCUGAGGCCAUCAAGAUUGGCAACAGCACCAGCUACGGUCUUGCUGCUGCCGUUCACACCACGAACGUCAACACCGCCAUCCGCGUGUCCAACGCCCUCAAGGCUGGUACUGUCUGGAUCAACACCUACAACCUGCUCUCCUACCAGGCUCCCUUCGGUGGCUUCAAGGAGUCCGGUCUCGGCCGUGAGCUUGGAUCCUAUGCCCUGGAGAACUACACCCAGGUCAAGACUGUGCACUACCGCCUGGGCGAUGCUCUGUUCGCGUAA